AUGUCGUCUUUGCCACUGCCAUCUAAUUUUACUUUGUACAGUUUUCCGUCUGCAUCUUCUUCAUCGUCAGCUGCUGACGAUGGUGAAAAUCAUCACCGUCAAAAUCAUCACCAAUCGUCAUCGCAGACGACACAAUCGUUCAGCCUAGUUGACAUUUGCAGCGAAUUUAUCGUGAAAGACCGUUUAUUAAUGAAGACUACCAUUGAGGUGGUCCCCAAAAAUUUGUUCGACCCGCUAUUAAAAGCCUCUCUGAAGUCAAAUCAGGACAAAAGUUCUGAAGAAAUAAUUUCGUCGUGGCCCUGGGAAAAACUGGUACUCUAUGAUAUCGUACCGUCCGUAUUUCCUUCGUUCAAACCGCUCUUCAGUAAGUUAGAUCUCAUGGAAAAUGUUAGGAGGGGUGUCAAGUACACUACCUCAUUGGUUCACACUUACAUGGAGAAUUUGAAGAAGCAGAAGUUGAUGAAGUUACGUUGGUUGGAUCUCUCUGGCUUCCCAUCAGUUGAGGUAAUAGUAAACUACAUAGUAGCCCAUGUGUUACUGGUCUACAAUGAAAGAAACCAGAAAGAGGAAAUAUCCUUCUACAAUCAGGAUGCUGAACAUCUGGCCGAGGACCCGAGGGAACCAUUUUCAACUGAGGGCAUCAUCCCCUAA